AUGCAUUUCACCACUCUCCUUAGCUUGGCUCUACCAAUCAUUGCGGCCUUCCCGCUGGACGAGGCAGCCUCUAGUCACAUAGACAAGAGGCAGGAGAAGCCCACCAAGGACAAAAGCGCCUGGACGCAGUGGGACGAGGAUGCUGCCGCCAUGAGCGGUGAUAAAUGGGCCUCUCCGAAAGGCCACAAGGAUGGAUCCGCGUGGGCCAAGGAAGGGUGGCCAGAGUCCGCCAAGAGCAACAGAGAUUGGACCCUCUGGGACGAGGAUGAAGACGCCAGGACCGGCCGCAAAUGGAACAAGGGGGCCAACAAGGGGGCCAACAAGGGUGGCCCCAAGACCCCUCCGCCACAGAGCUCUCCGCCUCAAGUGCCCCCGCCCCAGAGCGUCGAGAUUGGGAACCGGUUCCUCGGAGACGAUGGGAAUGAUCAUGAUGGUCAAAACGUGGACGAUGCCGCUUCCCCCCCGCCUGAUAAUACCGUCGACGGGCCGUUUGACGAGUCGGUUGAACCUCCCAGAAGUUUCAACGACGACUUGAUCCCCCAAGCCUCCGAGACCCCUCUGGCCCCGAAGUCGCCCCAGUCGUCGGGAACCCCUGGGGAGACCGGAUCUUCAGGCCCCGGACCCCCAGCGGAAGUCAAAGCCGCCCUGGCCAAGACCAACGAGCUGCGAGCCAAGCACGGCUCUGCUGAGAUAUAUUGGGAUGAGAAACUGGCGAGUAACGCUUUGCGCUGGGCCCAAGAAUGCGCGUCGGGAGAACAGAUGAAACACAGUCUCCUUCCGAAUGAAACCGAGAACCUCUGGUCCGGCUCCGGCAUUGAGGGUGAUCUCUUCCUUGAUGCUAUAGAAUCCUGGUACUCAGAAGAGCCAAUCUAUAACACACUGAAGCAGGUUAUAUGGGGACACUUUACGCAGCUGGUCUGGAACGGAAGCACUCAGAUGGGCUGCGCCAGCGCCGAUGGCACCAGGAUCAACCCAAAGACCCAAAAAAUCACAACUUUCAUUGUGUGCAGGUUCAGUCCUCCCGGCAACGAGAAGAAAAGUUACGCGGAAAACGUCAAGGCCCCCGCCUCCUAG